ACGUGCGCCGCUCACUUUUGGAUCUCAGUUCGACCAAGCAUCUGUUGUUUCACUUUCGGCAGUUUCUUAUUUUAUUUAAGUGACUCUUCGUACGCAGCAGUUAGUACUGUAAACUGUGGGUGAUAAUUAAACAUCAGUGUCGUCGAAGCUUUCGAGGAUCUAAUAUUUUUAUAUAAUCUUUUAUCUCGUAAUUUUUGAAUUACUAUCAGAUUUACGAUGGCUGACAGUGGUACUAAGCGCAACAUUCCCAUUAAACUCGGCGACUUUAGCGUCAUUGAUAGCGAAUUCUCAAAUAUCCGCGAACGAUUCGAUGCCGAGAUGAGAAAAAUGGAGGACGAGAUGUCUAGAUUCAGGAGCGAACUUAUGAAUCGGGAGAGUAAUAAUUUCUUCAAGACUACUUCAAGCCGCCACCAUACGAGCAGCAGUGAGCAUCGGACCUCGACGACCUCAAAGACGGAGGGUUGGGAGAAGGUCGAUCCUGCCUCACCACCCAAGCGCUCCGCGUUCGACAAGUCUUUCACCAGUUCAACCACGCAGCAAAGUACUCAGCACAACAGCUCAGUCGCUCCUCAACAUGACUCACGCACCUGGUUGGACGGUCUCAACAGCCCACUCAUCCAGGAUGAGGGUGACAACAAAAUGCUGAAGCUCAGAUUUGAUGUCUCUCAAUACACACCUGAGGAAAUAGUUGUCAAGACCGUCGACAACAAGCUCUUGGUCCACGCAAAGCACGAGGAGAAAACAGAGAGCAAAUCGGUGUACAGGGAAUACAACCGUGAAUUUUUACUCCCAAAAGGAACCAACCCUGAGACUAUUAAAUCAUCCCUUAGCAAAGAUGGUGUUUUGACUGUCGAGGCUCCACUUCCAGCGUUGGGCGCCGGAGAAAAAUUAAUUCCCAUCGCCCACAGCUAAAUUACUGAUUUACUUUCUAAAGAUACUGUCAAUUAUAAUAAUAUUAACACAUUUGAUAAAAUUGAUUUUUUUUUUCAUUUUUUGACUUGAACGAACGUCCACUUUCCCUUCAGCCUCUGAAUUUUUAUAAUAUUAUACACAGAUUAAGUAAAAAAAUUAUUGAUAUUGAUAUUAGUUGAUGCAAAUUUAUAUUUAAAGUGUUGACUAUUUGACGGGUUUAUAUUUUAUAGGCCGUUGAAUUUAAUGAUGCUUCGAUAUUUACAUAAAUAUAUAAAUAUAAAUAUAUGAUAUAACUUUAUAAUAAAUAUAUACAAAUAUAUUUAAUUAAUGCUAGCUUUAAAAAUUUUGCAAGGUAAAUUAAAGGGUGAACAAUUAUUUGCGGGAAAAUUUUAAAUUACUAUCUGAGGCUUUGAAGUUGAGUGGAAAAUUUUUAUUAAUCUGAUUAUUUGUAAUAAUUUAUGUACGUAUUAGAUUAGACAUGUAAAAGACUAAAAAAAUACAACACAAUGCCUAGUACAUUAUAAGCAUUAUUAUGUAAUUAAUAUUAUUUAUGAAUUAUAUAAUUUUCAAAAAUAA